AUGGCGGAGAUCGUGAAGGCCGAAAUAAAGGGGUGGCGCAGGGUGCAAGUCGACAAGCUGACGCACGGCUUCUGGAGGUGCUACGUGCGGCGCGAGAUCUUGCGUGUGGCAGGGGUUGGAGUAACCCCGGAAUGCUUCGCCCACACGAACCCCGUCGCUGCCGCCGCCGCCGCCUACUACGUGGAUCGGUGGUCCCUCCCCAUGGGCUCCCCCGAUUGGACCACCUUCCGGCGAGUGGGCCACUUCCGUCACGAGGAGGGGCAUCACCACGACGACCACCGGUACCAGCCACCGCGGUCGCAGCAGCACCAUCACCACCAGAAGCACCAGCCAAGCAGGCGGCUGCUGCUGCCGCUCCCGGGUGGUCCAGCCGAUCGUUUUUCUGUAUGCUUCCGAUCGUCUCUGGAUGGGCGCGUGUACAGGCACAUUGUCUUAGCCGUGCGCAGUGGGGGGAAGUGGGGUUCUCUGGGUCUGAGUCGCCGCGACACGCUCCUGUACAAGGAACUGAAGGAAUCGUACGCUAGCAGCUGGCACCGCCUGGAAUAG